UCAAGAUAACAAAAUAUUCUUUACCAACUGAUGACAACGCAAUAGCGUAUCAUGGAGCAAAAGAAAACGCGUGUAAAGAUAAAAGCGAAUUAAUUACUUUUAAAGAUAAGAAACGAAAGAGAACGAAAUGAAAAUGAAUGAAUGAAUUCGUAAAUUGCGCUUUGGUCAGCUGUUUACGUUCAUUAACCCACGCGAAUAAAUGAAGAAUAUGAUUGGCAAAUGGAGAGAACGAAGAAGUCGUGAGACUGCAAAAAUGCUAUUUGGCUCGUUAAGCGAUUGUGUAAGAACAAUGCAUAUCCACACGUCGCUGGGUGCAUCGAACAGAUAUGAGAUGCACUAUAAAAUGCAAUGAUGCUGCCUCUGAAGAAAUCAUAGCAAAUGCAACCAGCAAAGAGAUCAAUAACGAUGGAACUACAACUGCAACAACUGCGAGGACAUCGUAGUAUAAUACUUUUUAUACUCGCCAUGAUAUCAGCUGCCAAUGCUAAUGGUGACUGGAUGUUUAAUGAUGAGCAAGCGGCGGGUGCUCAGUAUGCCAAACUCUUUGGCCAGGUGACCGGUGACACAAAUGACAAUAAUAAUAAUCCAACGCAGGAGCAAUUUGGACCCUUUCAAUAUCAAUAUGUGGACUAUCAGCCUAAUUGCAAGCCAGGCGGUGAGCCUGUGUGUGCUACAAACGGUGUGAAAUUCUUUCGCUUCGAGAACAUUUGCAAAUUGGAGGCAGAAAAUAUGAAGAUGCUCUUUCAAUAUGGCACAGAAUUGGAACCCACCGAGCUGGCGCGUUGUAUGCCCGACUGUGAGAACAUUAAAUGCACCACGAAAUAUGCACCGAUUUGUGCGGCACCCGAGACGGGACCACAUCAGGGACAGGGCGUAACCUUUGCCAACGAGUGCGAGGUGCGACGACGGGAGUGCGUCACCAAAGAGACUCAACGCUUUCUCAAUCGUGGACCUUGCCAUCAGCUGAAGUCCAAGUCCAAGUCCAAGUCGAAGAGCAAACGCAAGUACAGACGUCGCAGCACAACAAUGGCACCGACCGAGAGCAGCACAGCGACAGUGACGACGACGAGCCAAUUGCCGAGAACCGAAGCACCGAGGACGACAACAACAACGAGCACAACGACGCCGGUGCCAAUGCAAUUUCACGAGUACCAAAGCCAUGUGAAUCCGGGUGUUUCGGUGGCGCGUGCCGUUAACGCCUACAGUGUGUACAACAUACCCGAUGUGGGUGAGGACUAUAACGAGAUUACCGACUCCAGCUUGUCGCUAUAUUUACCAGGGGUGGGCACUGUCACCGACACGCCGCCCAGCACCACAACAACCACGACGACGACGACGACGACAACAACAACGACACCGAAACCCACAACGUCGACGACAACAGGUCUGCCGUACACCAGUUCUACUGUGGAAACCACUUUGGCACCACCGACGACAACCACUGCGAAAACUACUUACAGCUUCUUUUUUGUGCCUUAUGGUACCACCUCCACCACCACUGAACAAUCGAGCAGUAAUGCAGACAGCACUACCGAGAAGGUUGCAAGCAAGCCUAUCAUUAAGGCUACCAGCAAGGUUGUAGACAACCCUACCAGCAAGGUAGUUGUCAACCCUACCAGCAAGGUUGUUGUCAACCCUACCAGCAAGGCUGAAAACAUUAUUAAGGCUACUAACAAAGUUGUUGGCAACCCUACCAUGAAGGCUGUCGAGAGCACUACCAGCAAGGCUGCAAACAGCUCUACCAGGAAGGCUGCAGCCAACGCUAUCAUUAAGCCUACCAACAAGGCUGUUAAAAGCCUUAGCAGCAGCACGGAGAACAGCAGUACCACCGAGGAGGCUGUCAAUAGUACAACUCCCAAACCCAACAACAAUACUAAAGCAACUGUCGAGAUCAAUACAAAGUCUGCUAACGCUACUGAAACCGAAUUGAAGGUGGUAAACGAAAAUGGAACAUCCACCGCAAAACCUAUUGCAAAUCCAAAACCAAUUCCAAAGCCAGCUUUACAAAAAACCGAAAAUUGUCGCUUUAACAAAUUUUAAUGCAAAUUGUGUUGACCAAGCAAAAGCUUUCAAAUCUCAAGCGAAUGAAAAAUCAAACAUCAGUCAAGUUUUUUGUGACAGUAAGAAUAUUUUGUUCUGCAUAAAAAUGCAGUGUAUUAUCAACCUAUUGAUGUGCCUCUUAUGUUUGUCGCUAAACAGUGCAACAGAUGGAAACAUUAAUAAUACCUAUGAUGCGGUUAUACAAAUAAUAACUGUCGAUAACAAGAAGCUAACGAAUCUUCAAAGAACCAAUCACAUCGUUGGACCCUUGCGACAAGGCUGGAUGCAAUUCAUAGCUAAUGACUGGAAAUAUCGGUUCCUUGAAAUAAGGAAUCAAAGUACAAUUAAGAAUUUAAAUAGGAUGAUGACUGCAAAUUCAUUACUCUCGUAUAUUUGUAAUCAAUUACUGCAAUGGGUUUUGUCUGAUGGAACUAGAAAGUAUGGCAAACUACUUAAGUAUUUAAGCGUGCGAA